UCUUCUUCCCACAUUUUCAUCUCUCCAAAAAAGCUUUACUUUUUUCGUCCAUGGCGUCGCCGGCGCACUACAGGGGCGUUAGAAAGAGGCCGUGGGGGCGUUACGCGGCGGAGAUACGUGAUCCCUGGAAGAAAACCCGUGUUUGGUUAGGAACAUUUGACACACCGGAGGAAGCUGCUUUAGCCUACGACGGCGCCGCCCGUUCUCUCCGUGGCCCCAAAGCCAAGACCAACUUCCCUUCUCCACCGCCGUCUCCGCCAUCUCUAUCACUUGACCUCAACAACUUUCCGUCCAUCCACCACCACCACCAACAUAUCAGGUGGGUGGCUGCACCGCCAAGCCGGCAAGUGAUGGUUGGAAGGGAGUUGGAGUUAUUUCAUACCGGCGUGGUUAGAGAUCGCCACCACGGUGGCGGUGGGUGUUGCUCCGCCGUUGUGGUGGGCAAUGGUGGUGAGCGUGCGGUGGAGGAGGGUGGUUCAGAUGGUGGGAAAACGGCGGGUUUUUUGGGGAUUGUGAGACGUGGAUUGGGUAUAGAUUUGAACGAGCCUCCACCCAUGUGGCUGUGAGACGCAUCGUAGGCUAACUUUUUCACCGUACGGCGUCGUCUGGUCACUUUUCCACCAUGUUUAUGGUUUUCCAUUUUCCAAUUUUCCUUUUACUAGUGUAUGAGAGAGAGACCCAUCAAUCUCUUUUGUUAAUAUGAAAUUUGAUUUGAUGAUUAAGGGCAUUUUUGGAAUAUACAGUUUUUGUAUCAAAAUUCCUUCUAAUAAUUGGGUAAAUUAG